AUGACCUGGCUGAACAAUUACAUUAAACAGACUCAAAGCCUUUCGCCAGCUGAACGUGGCGAGAAGCUGGAGCAGGAGCAGGUAUGUGCAGGUACGUUUUGUUACCCCCGUUUUUUUGUACAGGAGCUCAGCACUAUGCACGAGGAAUGCGCCCUGGAGGGUCAGACUGAGGUAAACACCCGUCUCGUGCACUUUGUCUCGUAGGCCCCUGAAGCCACAGCCAAGGUCGAUCUGCACUUUGUUGCCUUUGUGAAUUGUCACGGGAAGUUGAUUGAACUAGGUAAGUGUCAGCGUCCGUCUUUCUUUCUUUUUUCUGUGCCUCGAAGACAUCUGCUAAAUCACAGGUAAAUUUGACGUCUUUCGUUGGGUUAUGCCAAGCCACCGGCAUUAUUUCACCCAGCGGAGGCGUUACACGGACGAAAACUGGUUAUACUCCUCUAUGAGUGUAGAGUUAGCCGAUAUGUCUUGGUCGUAGGGUGAAAAUGUGUAGAAGUUGGCGAGCGUACCGUGUGCUUUCGAUAAAUCGUGGCCGAGCCAGGAUUCCAGAAAAGCAUUCGAGGGAUAAGAAAGAUCGAUUACAAUUCGUCAUCUCCCACAAGUGGGAUGCAGGACUAGGGGGAGGGGGUGAGGCAGUGAGGCAUAUGUAGAGUCGUGCAAGGGGGGGGCUUGGAGGUGUGCAUGCGGUUAACCGGACCUUUGCCAUGGUAGAUUCAGCUCUUGCACCGUAAGUUCGAUGGUCCACCACGUGCUCCAUAGCAGGAUGAGAGCAGGGACGGUGACUCGCGAGCAAAUUUGUUUGCAGUGGUGGGAGACUUCCGCUGCAUUUACCGCACUCUCUCCACCACCUGGGCCGCAUAUCAGGACAGAGUCAAGAUGACCGGAGACGGAGGAGGAUACAGGCGGCUGUUCACGGCGUAAACCCGCACCUAGGCGUACCGCCACACGCCCUGGUCUACAACGCACACCGACCAGGAUUUUAUACAACAAAAAGGGGAGGGGUUCUCAGAUUCCAAUUAGUGCGGACUGGUCUUGCACCUGGGCCUGCCGCCACACAACGCCAUUGUUAUGGGCGGGCAUUCCUAAUAACGCCGACUGCAUCCCGGUUUAGCUCCGGUGUUGGUCCAGCGCAUCUAUCACGUACACGCACAAUUCUGGCUGCCGCAACCUGAUGGCAAUCUCUUUUGCUGUCUCUAGCAGACGUUGACACCGUGGCUUAAGGUAGCUCGGUGGAACCGUAGCGCAAUUGAUGAGCGCCCUUCUAAGUUGUUGUUAUCUGUUUCGGUGUCACGGACUACCGAAGUGAUUGCCGUUCGGUUGCCUACGCGCUAUACGUAUACGACGUUUGCCUUAAAACCCCGCGUAGACGUUACUUCAGCCGCGUUGCGAAUAUCGGAUCUUGCACAGUCGACGACUGCUCGCCGGUAGCACUCAACCGGUCUGGAUCCGUCUCGGGGUGAAAGUCCGAUGAUUAUGUGAAAUCAAUGAUGGCAACGGUAGGGUGUAGAACCCCACGUAGUUGGCAAUUCGGCCUAACUGUAAACAUCACUUUAUUUGAAAUUUCCUUGCCUUCCUGACCAAAUGUAAACUUGCCAGCGGCGGUUUAUCCAAAGUCCGUUAUUUUUCGAAAGUUGCUUUUUGUUUAUUUUUUAAUUAUCGCGCUCACUUUCUUUGCCAAAUGGUCGCGUAAGAUAAGACUUUCGGCGGGUAUGACACGGUCCACAGACUAGCUCAAGUUAGUGAGGGUCCUACACCCUACCGUUGCUUCAAGGAUAACAAAAAAUGACUGUUACUAUCAUCGCCGGAGCUUAUAUUUUUGCUUUUGCUGUCAACUUGUAAUUGCUUUUUAUUUACUUCCUUGCCUUCUUUCCUGCAUGGCUUCCACCCCUCUAGACGGCCGACGCGAUGGGCCCGUCUGUCAUGGCACGACUUCCGCAGACAGUCUUCUAGAGGAUGCCUGCAAUGUCGUCAAGAAGUUUAUGGAACGUGACCCAGAAAAUCUUCACUUUAGUCUGAUUGCCUUAACGGAGCUUCAAGACUGA